AUACUUUGACAACAUUUUAUAAAAGGUUGUCAAUAUAAAAUUUAAAGCCAUGAAAAGACUAUUAUGGCCAUUAGUAUUGUGCUAUUCUAUACUGGCUAUAGAGGUGCCUACUCUUAGAUUAGACGAUAUUGGUCAAUUAGGCUUCAUUGGCGAUUAUGUUGGUAUAUCCCCAUUUGAAGAUGCUCGGCAAACUGAAUCGAUACCCCAUAAUACUUCAGCACUCUACAUUCAUCAUAACAACCUUUUUACCCUAUUUUCAACUAUUGACGGCUCUAUAGAGGCUUAUUGUCAACUAGACAAAUCAAAUUAUAUCCUAGGCGGUCAAUUUAAUACCAUUAAUCAUACACAAUAUAAUAAUAUAGUUCAACUCAACCUAGAUACAUUACAACUUGCUCCUUUACAACAAGGAUUAAAUGGCCCUGUGAGGGCACUUUAUUGUUUCAACCAAUCCGUUUAUGUCGGUGGUGAAUUUGAUAGACCAAUGGGUGAUUCAAUAGAUUACGGCUAUACAGCAUUAUGGCAAGAAAAUAAGUGGAUACCUUUACCUUGGCAAGGCUUCAAUGGUCCAGUAUAUUCAAUUAUUCCAAUAGAACAAUCAUCUUCCAUUUGGUUUGCUGGUCAAUUCAAUACAACCAGUGAUGGAAAAUAUACAAAUCAAUCAUAUCAACAGUCUGUUGAUUUAAUAUCUUUAGCAACUAUAACUGCAGGGAAUAGUGCGCCCAAUACAGAUCCAGCUAGUGUCAUUUGCUCACAGUCUCCCUGGUUACUACAAGGUGGUAAUCCUGGUUACUGGCAAGCUUCGUUUCCAUUUCCUAUACAACCCUCUCUUUUUCGACUAAAGAAUACGAAUGUCAAUGGAACAGGCACUCGUCAAUUUAGCAUUAUUUCCUUAGGAUCCAAUGAUUACUUCAACCUCUCCUAUAUAGAUUCAGCCACACAGCAGAUCCAACAUUGUUCAGAAGCUUGUUUACUGUCUAAUACGAGCGAUUAUCAGGAUUUUAUUGUCUCAACCCCUUUAAGUACUAAUGGAAUCAGAAUAAAUAUCGACAGUUGGUACGGUUCGCGAGGUGGAUUGGGUGGUGUACAAAUAUUUAGAUCAGAUACAUCACUUCAACCUCACUUGACUUCAAGUAAUACCAACGGCAGUUGUUCAAGUACUCCAGAGCCUUCUUCGACAUUUGCAACCACUGGCAACUGGACAGAGACUUAUGCUUUUGGAACCUAUCAAAAUUUCCUAACAUCAACGUUUCCUGCAUCUCAACUUUCUUCUGCAGAUGUUUCAGUUACUUAUAAACCGUACAUUUCAGCACAAGGCAUGUAUAAUGUUUAUGCAAUUACACCAGGUUGCGUAGGAACUAGCAACUGUAAUCAGCGUACCAAUGUUGAACUUGCUAUCGAACUUACACCUGGCAACCAGCAGCACAUAUCACUUAGCCAACAGAACUAUCAGGAUCAAAGAACAUUGAUAUAUCAGGGCAUCGUCAGCUCAUCAACCGGUUCAUUUCAACCUACGAUCACCCUCAGAGUCAACCCAUCCAAUAUCACACAACCAUCAUCAGAUACAGUCUCCAUCAUUGCAGAUUCUAUUGAAUUUGUACGAAAUGAUACCUAUCCAACACUUUCGAGUAUCUUGCAGUUUUUCCCAUCCAAUAAUUCCUGGUCUGCUUUACCAGAUCAAUUAUCUAUCGGGUCUACUGUAAGGACGCUAAGCGCACAUGGCGAUACUGUCUAUAUUGGUGGUCAAUUGACCAAUAGCUCUUACAGUAACAUCGUAUCUUACAAUCAUCAACAACAAAGAUUGAUUCCCCCAAGUCAAUCAGGAUUAAAUGGAGUUGUUACAUCAUCUGUAGUCACAGGAUCCAAGCUCAUCGUUGGUGGCAACUUUACUGAUACUCAAGUCCCACAAAAUGUUGGUUUGAACCAUGUUGCUAUUUAUGAUAUUGAAGCAGGUACAUGGUCCGCAAUGGAUCAAGGAGUCAAUGGUACCGUGACACAUUUGUAUGCCACAGACAACGAAAAUGUUCAUCUAUCAGGUCAAUUCAAUUAUGCGUCAUCCAUGCCUGUCUAUGGUAAUGCUGAAUGGAGUCUUUCCAGUAAUGCAUGGGUGCCCGCUUCCUCCUUUAUCCUCGGCCCUGUCACCUAUACGAUUCCUCUCAACUCUACAGCUAAUCUCUACUUUGGAAAUAUCAAGAAUGCUCAAAGCUAUUGGGCUAUGAAUGCAGCAUCCAUGUCAUCAUCAUCAUCAAGUUGGUCCAACUUGAUCAGCCAAGCUGACCCAAGUGCAACAGUUCGCUCGGGUAUUCUUUGGAAAGACGACGGUGUGAUAUUAGGUGGAUCAUUUAACCUGAACCAGACACAGUAUCAGGUUGUCAUGUACCAGCAAGGAACCUGGCAAGGUUUGUUGCAGGGCAUUCAGGGAGAUAUAAAGACAAUGUUGAUUAUUGAUGACAAGCUAUUCAUGGGCGGUAACUUUACUGGCCCUCGUAAUAUGAGCAGCUUGGGUGUGUAUGAUCUAAAUAAACGCAGUCUAUCAGCCGUUUAUGGUUUAUAUGAUGCCAAUCAAAGGCCUGGUCAAGUCAAUGUUAUUCGCUCCAAUGGACAGACCGUCUUUGUGGGUGGUAAUUUUGUCUAUGCAGGACUAUUAAGCUGUGGAUAUGUCUGUGGUCUAUCCAUCGAUCGUCUUCAAUGGGCACAGGUUAGCCAGAAUAGCUUGAGUGGCACUGUGAAUGAUAUGGUUGUCCAAAACAAUGGAACCAUUGUCGUUGUGGGAGAUUUAAAGGUUGAUAAUAUACCUACACCUAUAGCUCAGCUUGGCAAUAAUCGAUGGACGGCAUUUACUGCGAGCGUAUCUCAGCCUCAAUCACUCUUGUUGACACCAGAUGGUAAACAGUAUAUAGUUUCUGGAAGGCAACAAAACACAAGCUACAUCGGCUCCUGGGAUGGUCAUCAGUUUACAGCCUUAAAUCAGUCGAAUCUUGAUCCUUCUUCGACAAUCCAACAACUACUCUAUGUUCCUACAUCGUCCAGUACCAUGUUAAUGGCAGUGGGAGACAUGUCUAUUGAUAACAAGAGCAGUAGCGCUGCACUAUAUGAUGGUUCACAAUGGUAUCCUACUGUACUCACUGCAUCUGCAGAUGGAUCUGCGGGCAGUGUGAGGCAGUUACUGACUACAUCCAACUGCUGCUCCUCUUUACCCGGACGCAAGAGAUAUCUCUCUAUUCCAGCUGUUGUCCUGGUCUCUCUUGGUAUUUCGCUAGCGAUCUUAUUCUGUCUUGUAGCUAUUGGCCUCUUGGUCCUGUUCCUUCGACGCCGAUAUAAUAGUCCGACGUACAUUCCACCGCCAGAAUGGAAGCCACGAGAUCAGACCGCGAUGGGCUAUACAACGGGAGCUACAUUACUACCAACUAGUGUGGACAUGACAGAUGCUCGACAGCGACGAUUCUCAAAUACAACAACAACGCUAGUGCCAUUCAGUGCACUCUUAGCUGCUGCCCUGCGCCACAAUGAUGAGCAGCCAGCGAGCGAAGAGUCACCCAAGGUGUAUUAUGCCAAAUAUCCAUUUGAAGCCAAGGAGGUUGGCGAAUUAGCAUUUGAUGCGAAUGCACCUAUUGUUGUAACGGAUAUGACAGACAAUGUCUGGUGGAUGGGAUACAUAGAUGACGGCUCAGGAAAUGCAGUGUCUGGUCUUUUCCCAAGCAAUUAUGUAACAAAAAGAAAACCAACAGGAAUUGAAUAGAAAUGAAAUAUAUAUAUAUAUAAUCUUUAUUGAAUAACUUAAUUGAUCCAUUCAUCAAAAGAAUGAGGAGCGGUCAUGGUAUCAUUUUGUUGUUGUUGUUGUUGU